GGUUUAUUUGCGUGAGUUAGGUGCCGGUUUAUUUGCGUGAGUUACGUAUAGGCCUGUUAUAUUCUUUAUAUAAUUCUGCACCACCCAUUUUCCUUAUUUAAAAUACUCUUACAACUGUUUCUUUGAAACAACAGCCGUCAUAUUCAGCCCUCAUGUCCGGUCAAUCGAAGCUUUCUCCCUGGCAAAGCGCUGUCGCAGGGGCGACUGGAGCUGUCGUUGCAAAUGCUCUUGUAUACCCGUUAGACAUCGUAAAGACACGAUUACAAGUCCAAGUCAAAUCCCAGAAACUCCCGAACAAUGAUUCUACCGACGGCGCAGUGCAUUACGAUUCUACAAUUGACGCCAUAAAGAAGAUCCUCGCCGAUGAAGGCAUUUCUGGACUUUACUCCGGAAUCAACGGCUCUCUUAUAGGGGUGGCGUCGACAAACUUCGCAUACUUCUAUUGGUAUUCUAUCGUCCGAACCCUAUAUAUGAAGUCAAGGCCAAACCAGAAACUCGGUACUGCUGCUGAGCUUGCCCUUGGUGCUGUUGCGGGAGCAAUCGCCCAGGUAUUCACCAUUCCUGUUGCGGUAAUCACAACGAGGCAGCAAACGCAGCCGAAGGGAGAGAAGAAGGGGCUCCUUGACACCGGCAGAGAGGUCGUGAAUAGCGAGGAUGGGUGGAGUGGGCUAUGGAGAGGACUGAAAGCCAGCCUUGUCCUUGUUGUCAACCCAGCGAUAACCUACGGGGCCUAUCAACGGCUUAGAGAGAUUAUAUUUCCUGGAAAGAAAAACUUACGACCCCUGGAAGCAUUUUUGCUGGGAGCCAUGUCGAAGAGUUUAGCCACAAUCAUCACCCAACCAUUGAUUGUAGCCAAGGUUGGCCUGCAGUCUCGCCCACCGCCCUCCAGAAAAGGGAAGCCAUUCAAGAGCUUUGUGGAGGUAAUGCGUUACAUCAUCGAGCAUGAAGGUGCUCUAGGACUAUUCAAGGGCAUCGGCCCACAGAUCAUGAAAGGACUUCUGGUCCAGGGCCUUUUAAUGAUGACCAAGGAGAGGAUCGAGCUGCUCUUUAUCUUAUUAUUUGCCUACCUGCAAACCCUGAGGAAGGAGAGACUUCAGAAGAUUGCUGAUGCAGCGGCAGCUAAAGCAAAGGAGUCUCUACCAGUCACCCUAAAAUAA